CUUUGCCUUUUCGAUCCCCAGAGUCGAUCAGGACCGCAUUCGUCUUCUCGUCAAUCAGCUUCCCAUGCUCAGAAAUGCGACCCUGCUUCUCUACCUCUGCUUCAACUUCUCGUUUCUCUUCUUCUUCCUCUUUCCUUCACCCUCCCUCCCAUUGAUUUCAUGCACAGCGGCCACUCGGUCUUCACCCAUCCUACACUUUGACCUUCCUUCACCUCGUCUUAUACUUCGGUCUGCCUCCGCGCAUACCUUAGCCUUGCUACUACAGCCUCACAAGCACAAGUAUUCUGUACCAACACCCUGCUCGUCGAAGAUCCUUCUUGCGCACCGGUACAAACAUGUCCUCUGUCCCGCUCCUUGACCAGAUCCAACUCCCCACUCCUACCGACACGCCCAGGGCCAUGGAACAAGAUGAACCAUCGCCAGUCUCCUACGCCAAUCACUCAACUACCUGGACGCCAGUCGACGGCAUGACCCCGAUCACUACCAAUCCUUCCAAGAAACGGUCGCGAGACGACACAGCUUGCGAUCAUGGAGCAGACGGCUCCUAUUUCACCUCUAUUGAAACCCCGGCGCCUAUUCCCGAAGAAGAGCCCAUCUACGGUGAAGGCAUGGUCCUCAUCAACCCGAAGACUGGCGUGUCAAUCUCUGCGGAGAGCCAGACGGGGACAUGGUACGAAGAAAAGGUGGAGAGGAAGCAAUUGGAAGAGGAAGUCGCUACAGCAAACUUCAGACCCAAAAUGCCCACAAGUCGAAAGUCUGUCCGACUCUCUCAGACCUCCAUCCGGCUCCCGAUCGAUACAUCAGUGGCUUCGGCACCCGCCAGUCCGCCAAAAACAGCCGUAGAUCGACCAGAAUUUGACGAGGCUACCCUGGCUUUGGGCAUCGGAUGGACUAAGAUGGCCUCUGAAGAUGAAGCCUUCCAAGCCGCUGCCAGAGGCUGGGCGAGAUAUCUGGAGAACCAUUAUACAAGGCACAUUCAUGGCGCGCAGAUUCUGCUCAAGAGUUCCGGACUCAAUGCUUAUCUUGUGGGCUGUCAAGAAGGCUUCUUCCUGUUCAGCGAGGAUUUACUGGAGGGAAAGCUUGUUGGCCGCACUUGGGAGACAUGCUUGCAGAACUUGAGAUCGCAGCCGAUCGUCUUUGAGUGUGAGGAGGUCUUGCGUGCUGAGAGAACUCCUGGACCAGAAGCCUCUGCCGGCCAAUUACCUCAGCGCAAUCUCAUGGAGAAUUGGGCUGAUUACAAUCGACUCAACAGUCCUCAACCCAUCGCCGCCACUGGUAGUGGCAUGGAUUUGGAUUGAGGCGACACCAUCUAACUCAUCUACAGCGCUGUCAUCCUGCUGUCGCUUUGGGCUGCAAGCUGACGCCCUGUUGAAACAUGGUAACGUCGGCACACCUAGGUGCAGAAGUUGAAGGCUGGCGAGGCAUGACCCCGGGUGAUCCCCGAAUUCACCUAUUCGCCGCUGCUUUCCGCCCUUGGGCGGUACACACGCCACACGCCAUGUGGCAUCACCCUCUCACAAGCAUGUGAAGAGGGUAGGCGCUGAGCGCGGAUGGCAUCGAAGCGACUUCCAUAACAUCCUGCCUUAAGGUGCGCGAUGAAAUUUUGAAGUCUCGACGGAGCAACUUUUUUACUCUAUGCUGAAGACUUCAUGAACACGAAAAAGCCAAAUAUGUAACAUAAUGUUAGGCCUAGUCACGGUGACACCAAGGUCUGUCUUCACGCUGGGAGUGGACGAAACUGCUUUGCAGGACGGCUGAAUUUAGGAGUCUGCGUACAUCGAUCCGACUUCCGGCUGGCCAUCUAUCCAAUGAAAUACUCAAUUUCAACCGACUCUCCUUCAACUGUACUAUUCUCCAAGAGCCUGCUGUCUGAAUCGACCUUCUUUGUCGCAUCCUCAAUCCAGAUCCAAGUCUUCACAUCACUACUCCCAUUUCCACCAAAAGCCGAAGCACUAUUGGUUACCUCACCCAUUUGCUUGAAUGCUUUAUGCUGUUUUUGCACUGCUGCACUUUCAUCCCAGCCUCCGGCACCGUCUUUGGUGUUCCAUUGUUCCUUCCAAGCAUCGAUGUUGGUACUGGCGCUGGGUACCUUAUAUGUCGUCACAACAAUUCUCCGGGACCUGUUUACUCCCAGCAAUGCGAUAUCCCCAUCGAUAUGUCUCACGAUAUCGACCGUCAUGGAUUGGCCGAUGGCUUUGGCGAGGUCGACGGCUUCAGAAGUCGACAAGAAUGAGAUAUGAUCAUCGGCAGUCUGCCAGCCGCCAAGAAGGUAGAACAGUUGCGCGUCGGAGGUCGAGCGGUAGAGAUGGAAGGGGAUGCCCGAGGCGGAACCGGCGAUCUUUAGGCACUUUGUCCAGAGUUCUGAAAAGGAAGAUGGUGGUGGGCUAGAGGACAGCGAUGGGUGCAGUCGGACGCUGGCGAGUUCGAUCAGGGGCAUGAUGGACGGGGGAUGCACGAGUUCCUACGGCCUGGCCUGGUCAGAGGGAGGCAGGUAGGAAAUUGUACUAGUAUUGACUUAUGCUGGUGGUCCCGAGAGUUGCGAAAGAUGACGGUGGUUUACUCAUGUGCGCAGCUGAACUUUAUAUCUCUCAUGCGGGAUCUUUCCUCACUUGCAAGUUGAAUCUAUGUCCAUUUUGGCCCCCCUGUGGUACUACUUACCCUACCGUCUGAGGUUCUGAUGGAGGGAGUAAGGUGAGACCAUCUGGACUCUGAUUCUAUGCUCUAGGAAUGGUCACGUUGAUGGUACUCAGCGGGUGGGUAUUUACGAGACGGCAUGAACGAGGAUGAUCAGCGUUGCAGUUUCCAAGUCCAGGUCAGCGAGACCAAUGUACUCAAUGUACUCGUACGAGUAGCAAGGGCGGAUGGUAUCUCGUUACGGAUGAGUGGC